GUGAUUUUCCAUGUUUUAGUUUACUGUUCCAUUGUCAGACAUAGCUACCUGAUGAUUUCAAACAACUGUUUUAUUUUUUCAAUGAUUUUGAAAUGUGAUUAGUGAUAGCUUAUGAACAGGAAAACUCUUUAUUUCCCUUUCUUUCUUCUAGUGGGUUUUGCUUUGGUAUUCGUUGAUAUCUGGUAAAAGAAUUGUUUUUACUCCAUUUAUGUUAGAAAAGAAGACACCAAAGAAGUUAAAAAAAGAAAAAAGAAAAAGAGAAGAUACCAACAAGCAUUAUCCCAAUAGAUGAGGUAAGCUACAUGGAGCGCAUGAUAUCAUUCAGAGCGAUUAAAAACCAAAACUUUAGGAAUAUUAUUUACCAUGAGAAAGCCUUUGACAACUUCCUCUGAAGUCCUUCUUGGUCUCCCUCUCUUCCUUUUCACAUGACUAAGAACCUUGUAAUCUACUCUUUUAACUAGUGCCUAUCAUGGCCUUCUUUGUAUAUGGGAGCAUAUAAUAUAUACUUAAGGAGAAGACAAUAUAUAUAUAUAUAAAGAAAUUCAUGGGAGCAUAAAUUAUAUUUAUGAAAUUAAGAUCAAUGUUGUCAAAUAUCGGUUAUAUAACGGAAAAACGUCGCGGUUGAACCUGAACCGCCAUUGGCCAUCCGUUUUAUGAAGGUUUAUGGCGGUUUCCGCCAUUUCCGAUAUGGCGCCCGCCAUGGUCAUGGUGCCGUGAAGCUUUAUGACGGGCAUGGCGGUCAUGACGGAUUUUUUUUAAAAAAAACCUAUUUUUGGGCUUCGAAACAGACCCAAAUGGAGUGAGCCCUAUGUUUUUGGCUCGUCUCGUCUCUCUUCUCCCUCACAGUCGCGACGUUCUGCACUUGAAGAGGAGCUCACGCAGAAUCUGCCCUAAACCUCUCCGGUCACCUUUGUUCAACUCCAAUCACUGCUCACCCGUCACUUUUUCCACCGACCACCUGAACCGCGGUGGCCCAAUACUCUGGCCAGCAACCACGAAGUGCGAACAGCACUUACGGAAGUCGAAAUCGCCCCUAAUCACCUCCGUUCACCGUCCCUUCGUCCCCUUUCUGGCCGGCUACCUGAACCGUGGUGGCCCAGUACUCCGGCGAACUACUCCGGCGACAUAGCCAAACUAGGACAAUGUCUAGCAAUCCAAUUCCAAGCCAAAGUCAAACAUCCUCAAACUCUGUUAAGAGAACAGACAUAGGAUGGAAACAUUGUCAUCCUACCAAAAAGAAUGAUACCAAUGAAAAUGUUUGCAAUUAUUGUAAAAAAAUCAUGAAAGGAGGAAUUACAAGAGCAAAGCAACAUUUAAUGGGAAAGAAGGGAAAUGUUGCACCUUGUCAAAGUGUUCCACAAGAGGUUAAAGAUGAGUUGUGGACACUUGAGAAAAAUAAGAAGAUGAAAGAAAGUGAGUCAUGCCAAAGAGUAAUGGAAGAUGUGACUCUUGGUAGUGAAGAUUAUACAUUGGAGGGAGAUUUAGGAGAAUUAGAAGUUGAGACACUUGGGGCCAAUGAGAGGAAGAAGGUUGCUAUGAAAAAGGGGCCUAUUGACCUUUUCUGUAAACGUCCGGAAACAGCAAUUGCAAAAAACAAGAAGGAGAAAUUGAAGCAAAUAAGUAUAAGGGAGAGUUGUGACAAGGAAGCUACAGCAAGGGUCCACCAAUAUAUAGCCCGGUUUUGGUAUCAAGCUGGACUAUCUUUUAAUAUGAUCAAAUUGGAGAGCUUUCAUGACAUGGUUGCAGCUAUUGGGUCUUUUGGACCGCAUUUGCGACCUCCAUCUUAUCAUGAGAUAAGAGUUCCACUUCUCCAAAAAGAGAUGGAGUAUACUGAAAAAUUGAUGAAGAUUCAAAAGGGACAUUGGGCUAGUUUUGGUGGAAAUGAUCCACUUACUUGCAAUCAAGUUUAUGAUGUUUCAGGGGUUGGAGAGCCUCUAAUGUAUACUACGCGUAACAAAAGGAAGCAACCUCCAAGUGCAGAAGGAGCAUCAUCUCAAAAAGUUUCUAAAAAAGGCAAAGGAGUGUCUUCUUUAACUAGGAAAGGAAAAGGAAAAGUGGCUGAAGUCGUUGAAGAAGAUUUAGAAGAUAUUAGUGAGGAAUUAGAAGAAGAAUUGCCAAAUAUUAACUUUGACAAUUCAGAAGGUGAAGAAGUUGAAGGCUAUGCCCCUUUGGCAUUCAAUGAAGAGAAUGAUUACAUUGAGGAAGAGGAGGAGAAUGAUGAUGAUGAGGAGGAGGAUGAUUAGAUUAGCAACAUGCUUCUUGUACUCAUUUUUCUAUGUUUUUUGUUGUGUUUUAAUCAAUUAUGUUAUGAAACUUAAUGAAUUAUGGUAUUGUUGUUAUGAUAUUUAAGUAUUUAAGUUGAUAUUAUGUUGCUUAUUA